UUGCGUUGUGUCUGUUUCUUGCCGGGACUCUUGUCUCUGAACACCGGGACUAAAACAAACCCACCAAGAUGGCGGCGCCGGGUGUCCUUGUGCUGAGUGGUGCACUGCGAGCCUUCCGGGGCUUCCGUUUCUCUUCCACUUACCGUAGCGCUUACAGCUUGGACCGUCUGUACCCGGUCAGUGAUCUCCGGACUGCAGGGCUAGGAGACCAGGUCCAGGGAGUGCCUGACAUCCCUGUAGAUCGCCUGACCAUCUCCUAUUGCAAAAGUAGUGGCCCUGGAGGACAGAAUGUCAACAAAGUUAACACCAAGGCCGAAGUCAGGUUCCACUUGGCCUCCGCAAACUGGAUUCCAGAGGAUGCCAGGCAGAAGAUCUCUGUACAGUGUAAGAACCGUAUAAACAGAAAUGGGGAGUUGAUUGUGGUUUCUGAGCAAAGCCGUUACCAGAUGGAAAACCUGUCGGUCUGUCUGGAGAAAAUACGUAGUAUUGUGUUGGAUGCCAUGAAAAGGCCAAAAAUGCAGACCAAAGAGGAUGUAGAAGUCCGCAGGGCAAGAGUAGAAAAAACAAACCGGGUGCGACUGCAACAGAAGAAGAUUGAAUCUGCCUUAAAACAGAGCCGGCGAGUGAGUGUGGACUGAGAGAGAGAGUGUUGUUAGGGAUGCUGGGACUGCAGGCUGCACCUUCCUGACCCAAGUAGUAUUUCCUGGACCCAACUCUUCUAUUGAUCAUGACUGGCUAACAAAGGAUAUUAUACAUGGCAAAUAACAUGGAUCAUAUGCUGUCAACAUAUUAAAAGUAUUUAUUUGUACCUGAAAAGAAUGUAUAAUAUUGUUUAAUGUAGUAUGGGGAAUGUAUUUCCUGCGGAAAAAUCUGUCGGCAUUGGGACAUAUCAAUACCUGAGGAUUUAAGAGUCAGGUUGGGAAGUGGUGGGUUAGGGGUGCUUGCUGAUCGCUACACCCCAAGAUAUAUGUCUGGCCAAAUUCCUAAAAGCACAGCAGAAUAAACUCAUUGUUAAUUGAAA